GUUACCAAAAAGUGUGUUCAAAAUUUAGAUGUUCGGCAACAACAUAGCCUUUGCGAAUGUGCGAAAUUAAGCGCAUCGGAGUCUAAUUUCAGAAUAAUCUCAUUAUUCGUUUGCACUAGGCAUUCUUUCACGUCUGUAAGUCAUCUGAGAGAAGAGAGAUAAUUUGUGUGACAUCCGCACGUAAAGGGUGACUGGAGCCAAAAUGUUCAGGCUCUCGGUAGUAAGAUUGUCUACAGGAUUACCGAAUGGUAGGCCCUUCGCUGUGGGAUUACAUACAUCCUCCAAGCUACAACAAGAAUUGGUAGAGGUGUUUAUAGAUGACAAACCCGUUCACGUCCCACCUGGAACAACUGUCUUGCAGGCAGCUGCGAAAGUGGGAGUUGAAAUUCCUAGAUUCUGUUACCAUGAACGUUUAGCUGUAGCUGGAAAUUGUAGGAUGUGUCUUGUAGAAAUUGAAAAGCAGGUCAAGCCUGUUGCUGCUUGUGCCAUGCCUGUGAUGAAGGGUUGGAGAGUAAAAACAAAUUCUGAUUUAACUCGUAAAGCUCGAGAAGGUGUUAUGGAGUUUUUAUUAGUAAAUCAUCCAUUGGAUUGCCCUAUUUGUGAUCAGGGAGGUGAAUGUGAUCUACAGGAUCAAAGUAUGGCUUUUGGUAGCGACCGGAGCAGAUUCAUUGACAUUGAUUAUAGUGGCAAGAGAGCAGUAGAAGACAAAGAUAUUGGACCUUUGGUAAAAACAGUUAUGACACGUUGUAUCCAUUGUACAAGGUGUAUACGUUUUGCGUCUGAAGUAGCUGGUAUUGACGACUUAGGGACUACUGGGCGUGGAAAUGAUAUGCAAGUUGGAACUUAUGUAGAAAAAAUGUUCCUCUCCGAGUUAUCUGGCAAUAUUAUUGAUUUAUGUCCUGUUGGUGCAUUAACCAGUAAACCAUAUGCUUUUGUUGCUCGACCAUGGGAGACUCGUUCUACAGACAGCAUUGAUGUCCUUGAUGCUGUCGGGAGCAAUAUAGUCGUAACACACCGAACAAAUGAAGUUCUUAGAAUUCUACCAAGGUUGAACGAAGAAAUAAAUGAAGAGUGGCUCUCAGACAAGGCACGAUUCUCUUGUGAUGGACUUAAGCGUCAGAGACUUAUUACUCCCAUGAUGAAAAUAAAUGGAAAAUUGGAAGCCAUAGAAUGGGAAGAUGCUCUUACAGCAAUCGCUCGAACUGCACAAGGGGUAGCUGCAAAUAAAUGUGCAGCAAUCACUGGAAAAUUGGCCGAUGCCGAGUCUCUUGUAGCACUAAAAGAUUUCGUAAAUAGACUUGGCGGUGAAACUCUUGCAACAGAACAAACAUUUCCAAAAGGGGGUUCAGGUAUAGAUAUAAGAAGUAGUUAUUUGUUAAAUAAUACAAUUGUUGCGAUUGAGGAUGCUGAUGUGGUAUUGUUAAUCGGAACAAAUCCGAGAUAUGAAGCACCAUUGGUAAAUACCCGUUUAAGAAAAGGAUACCUUCAUGGUGAACAAACUAUUGCACUAAUAGGUUCGAAGGUAGAUUUGACGUAUGAUUACGAGCAUUUAGGCCAAUCGCCAGACAUUGUAGUGCAAUUGAAAAAUGGUACUCAUCCAUUUUCUAAUACUUUAAAAGCUGCUAAAAAGCCUCUAGUCAUUUUAGGCGUUGAGCAAUUAACUAGAAAAGAUGGAGUAAACAUUCUUUCUGAAACACAGUCGCUUGCACAAGCGUUGGGAGAAAACUUGAAUGCUUCUGAAGGUUGGAAAGUACUAAAUGUACUUCAUACGAAUGCGUCGCAAGUGGCUGCAUUGGAUAUAGGUUAUUCGUCAACUAUAGAAGACGUUAAACAGGCACAACCAAAGAUUCUUUUCCUAUUGGGCGCAGACGAUGCAAAUAUAAAGAAAGAAGACUUUCCAAAUACAUUCAUCGUAUACAUUGGAAGUCACGGCGAUGAAGGAGCUUCAAUCGCGGACGUUAUACUUCCCGGCGCAGCAUAUACUGAAAAGGUUGCAACAUAUAUAAACACAGAAGGACGUGCUCAACAAACUUGUGCUGCUAUUACACCACCGGGGAUGGCUCGGCCAGACUGGAAGAUUAUACGGGCUCUUUCUGAGAUAUGCGGUGUCUGUUUGCCUUAUGACAACUUGAUGCAGCUCAGGUGUAGACUAGAAGAAGUCGCACCCCACUUAGUCAGAUACGGCAACGUAGAACCAGCUAAUUAUUUUUCCCAAGCUUUAGAAUUAUCGAAGGAAUCUAAAAGGUCUCUAUCUGCGGAGCCAAUCGAGAUCAAACAAAAAACUUUGGAUCAGUUCUUUAUGACAGAUGCAGUGUCUCGUGCUUCUCCCACAAUGGCCAAAUGUGUACAAGCAGUUAUCAAACAACGAGAGAGUACCGUGUAGGCGAUUAAUCGUUGUAUGUAAAUAGAAAAUAGGAACUUGUGCUAUAGUAGACGUCUAAUAGUACAUGAGAAUACAUUUCGAACAUGAUGCUUUUGUUAGAGGGACAUGAGAAAUAAAAGUUCCCUGUAACUACAUAUGUAUUACGUUCAACUAUCCGGUACUCAUUAAUCUAGCAGAAUACAAUAUUUGCAAAUUCAUAUUUACAACUCAUUUGUUUGACAACUUCCUAUCAUUGUUAUGAAGAAUCAGCAAAUACGUAAAUACAUAAUAUCAUCAACCAAAUGUAUGAUAAAUACUACAAGAAGAUAAUUUAAUAAAAUAGAAAUUGAAUGAGA